GCCGACAACAAAGAGAGCCUCGAAAGAGAGUGACCGGGUGUUUCGUACCGGCGUUCGUUUCGUCUCGUUUUACUCGUUCCGUUUGGGGCGUUUUCAUUCGCGUUCGAGUUCGCGUUUAGUUCACUUGUGAAACUUAACUCUGCGACUAACAAAUGGGACGUCCGCGCACCAUUGACGUAACCAACUUGGUGGUAAUAUUCCCCGAUAAGAACUUUUGCCGCUGCGUGCUUUGCGAUAGGACCCUCGCUGGCUGCUUGCGGAGCAACAUCAAGCGGCAUUACCAGCGCCUGCAUCCAGAAGUCGUCUUGCCACGACCCCAAGACACAGGACCAACCGGACAGACCAAAAAAUCAGUUACAGAGGUAUCAAAGAUGGGACGAACACCGAUUAUGGACACACGAACUCUGGUUAAUUUGCAGCCGGAUGGAAGGCGUUGCCGUUGCCGGAUCUGCGACAAGACACUCAUCUUCCUCUCGGGCAAUGUGCGGCGUCACUACAAGAAUUAUCACCCCCAGCACAUACCGGAUCGGCCGUCGUACACUCCUCCAGCCGAGAAUAGGAAGCACUUGAAUCGCAGUCGAAAAAAAGCGGAUCUAACUAUAGACCCUGCCACAAUAAUGACCACCACCAUGGAAACGAGCGACGAGGAUGAGAAGGCCUCUAGUAGCCGGCUCUCCAAUGACCAGUUCGAGAGCAUCUUCAUUGGAAAGUCGGAGGAGCCGGAUGUAGUGGAAGUGGAAGGCGACCAACUGAUCGAUCACGAUAAGAUGCGUUACUCACAAUCACUGAACCAGUCACAGCCGCCCAUUACAGCAGCCAUGACGAUGACCAGUACACCCUUUGCAUCUGCUUCUGCUCCGAGGACUUCCUCUGUAGCUCUCCGACCGUCCCCGACACUGUCUGGAGACGACGCCUUCUUUCUUCAAUAUCUGGGUAACAAGUUUGGAAACUAUUCCACGCGCACCAAGCACACGGUUCAGUUCCAAAUCAAUCGAAUCUUGUACAGGGCCGAUAUGGGCUGCUUCGAAGAUGCCGACGCGAGCCAAUUAAAUGAAUCCGAAAUUGUCUAGAAAUAAGCAGAAAGUCCCGUUAUAACAAAGUUAAUUGUAACCGUACCAUUGUUUCAUUGUACCAUUUAUGUAUAUAAUAUAUAUAUGUUUGUUUGUUUGUAUGUAUGUACAUAUAUUCAGGAAAUCCAUUUCAUAUUUUAAUUUCGCGUACAUUUAUGUAGUGGCCUGUAGCCCAUAAAGCACUCACCACCUUUCAAAAUUUACUUUUUGAUGCAAAAUUUUUUUAGAAUCCUCACUGCAUCAUUAUAUUGUGGCACAUUUAGCUUUUAUCGCAUACGAGAGUCCAUAUAAUUGAUCAAUAGCCGAGUUCGUAUAGUUUAGCGGCAAGUUUUCCCAAAUUUCAAACUUUCAACUGGGCUUAACUUUCGUGGAGAGUAUUUGCAAUCCUCUGCAAGCGGCACGGCUAAUUUCAUCGGGAAUUUAGUCUCACAUGGCAUUUAAAUAACAGCGUUCCCGUUCCCAUUGGUCUUUACACCCGGUACUCAAACAGUAUGUGUGUACUUUCCUUCUCUUUGAGUAGGAUUGAUCGGGAAUAAAGUCAAAGUAGUUAUACAGUUAUAUUUAAUUGUCUAAUUAAUAUUUAUAUAAUCAGCUUAGCUUUGAACUAGUAGAGAGAGAGAGAGAGAACAAUCCCCCUUUAAAGGCCAUUUUGCUCGUCAAGUUCUACAGGUGAUAGUUUGUUGCCAUCGCCUGUUCACGCUUAGCUCGAAAAUUUCUUGAAAAAAAAUCCUGCACCUGGCCAUCGGCAUCGCUACAUGUCCCCUCUCUGAUAGUACAUAUAUGUACUAUUUUUGUUUCUAAAAAGAAAGUCCGUAAACCUUCUGCUUCAUUAACGAUCAAUCAAUAUACAAUGCACAAAUUAUUUCAUCAGCAUCGGUAGGUUAGUUGGAAAAAUAAAGCGGUUUACUUUUCAAAAUUGUUGAACCUACUUUGUGAAGCAGCACGAUACAUGUUACAGUUCUCUUGACGAUAUAUUGAAGAGCUUUUGAUGGAAAACCUGUUGCUACGCCGUAAAUAUUUCAAUUCGUUUGCAUAUGUCAACUGCCUACAUUUUGACAACAAAAGUGUAUUUUUCGAUUGAAUCUAGAAAUCCUUACAAUUGUGCGUUGGGCAAGAUGUCGCAUAAAAAGCCCCAUAAAUUCCGUGAUUCUUCGACUACUCAAAUUUUCCCUUGAAGAAUCAAUUCGGAAUUGAUCUUUCGCUGUGCAGAUUGCAGACAUAUUUUGGUUAUUGGUUAAGAUAAAGAAUGACUUGCUAUCUUACCCAAACGUACUUUCGCCAAGUAACCAAAUAUCCAUGACACAUGCCACAUGCCACCGAGCUAAACCCAAGCAAUCUCAAAAUCUUGAAAAUAAAUAUUUUUUAAAGCUAAUAACCCUCCUUGGAAAUUUGGCGCCCGCCCCGCUUGUCCCGCGAUCACAUUGAGAGACCUUGGCUUGGCUUGGAUGUCCGAGAAGAACUAGCAAAAUUCCGAAUACAAAAUAGAUCCAGAAUUGAGUAUACACAUGUAUAUAUAUGUACAAAUUUUUUAAUCAAUAAAUUUACAAAACUUGAAUUUGCUUGAAACAAAA